AUGGUUGAUGUUUUGUCUCCGACGGACGGUGUUGAGCAUAGUAGCAUCAUUGCAAGCAACCAAGAGUUUCAGACCCAUCUUUUGCGGCACGGAGCUUCUGUUAUCAACGGCCGUCUCCAUGACGUGCAGAUAGCCCCAGAAACGAGGCUGGUCGAGCACAUGCUCUGGGGGUUUGAAAUUCUCUGGGAAUUGAACUCUGAAAGUCUAGAGUAUGGCGCAAUCGUGUUGGAGGGGGUACGUGACACCAUCGAUUUUAUGGUAAAUGGAGAACUUCGUGCGAGCUACGACGUGGCCAAGCGGGUGAAGACGAUGCAGAUGCCGGUGCAUCCUUGGGCCGGGCCUCCUAGAUACGCCCUAAGGCGAGAGACAGUGUAUCGUAAAUGGCGGAAGUGGCUCGAUGAGAGGAGGAAGCUGAUGGACCAGGGUCUAGAGUUUGAUCCAAAACGGCCUGUACAGAUCAUCUUUCUGUGA